AUGAAGUCCGCAUUCGUUCUGUCUGCCCUCGUCUCAAGCGUGCUCGCUGCCGCAGCUCCGUUCCAGCUGGUUAUCAGCGGUUCUCAAUCCCGCACCAACGAGCUCAAGGACCGCGCCCUCAUCAGCCAAGGCGACGCCUUCAUCGUGGCUCCCAAAGGUGAUCACGGCAUCAACUUCGUCGGUGGCGAUGGCACACUGGGCAUCCAGAAUGGCGACGUUGUUUACGUUGGUACUGAUGGCCACGUCGACCUCAAGAGCACCGACGGUGUAGCUGCUGGUGGCUUGACCCAGGGGUUCACUACGGGCAGCAACAAUGUCCUUGAAUGGGCCCAGGGCCAGUUCUUCGCCUGCCCUCACGAAUCCCUGUUCGCCGCUGGUCCCCCUACCUACAUGCUUUAUGCCAGCCGCUCCGGUGUCACCUUUUCCAGCGACUGCAUUCAGAUCAGCCUCACAAAGGUCGCCAUCUAA